AUGGCGGACGAGGCAAAGGCGCCCAGUGCCGACGCGAUGUCAUCCGUGGCGAAGGCGGCGCCGGUGACGGCCGACCGGCCGGUCCGGGCAGACCUGGAGACGCUCGUUCCGAAGCCCUACCUGGCCCGAGCUCUGGUUGCGCCCGACGUGUACCAUCCCGAAGGAAGCAAGGAGGGGCACGAGCACCGGCAGAAGAGCGUGCUGCAGCAGCAUGUGGCCUUCUUCGACCUCGACGGCGACGGCAUCGUCUAUCCCUGGGAGACUUACGGAGGACUAAGGGCGCUGGGCUUCAACGUGGUCGCGUCCUUCAUCAUGGCAGUCGUCAUAAACGUUGGCCUAAGCUAUCCGACUCUGCCUAGCUGGAUGCCAUCUCCCCUGUUCCCAGUCUACAUCAGCAACAUGCACAGGGCUAAGCAUGGGAGCGACACCUCAACGUACGACACUGAAGGAAGGUUCAUGCCGGUGAAUUUCGACAACAUAUUCAGCAAGAACGCUCGCACGGUGCCGGACAAGCUCACCUUGGGUGAGAUCUGGAGGAUGACCGAAGGCCAGCGGCUGGCCUUCGACUUACCUGGACGGAUGGCGAGUAAGCUGGAGUGGAUAGUGAAGUACGUGCUUGCCAGAGACAAGGACGGGCUCCUUUCAAGGGAGGCAGUUCGUGGCUGCUUCAAUGGAAGCCUGUUCGAGUCCAUUGCCCGGCAAAGGAAAGAAGCACACCAGAAGAAGUAA